GCCAUUGGUGGAUGCUCCUUUUUUUUACUCCAGUGUUAGAAUCGUUGAACUUAACCUGCUUAUUAAGACACUUCCCAGAAUUCUACUGCUGACAUUAUUGCUGAAAUUUGAAUAAAAAUGGACUAAUAAACAAAUGGAUUAUUGUCUCAUAAAAAACAACUUGCUAAUAAAAAUCUUAAUGCCCUCCAUCUGUGGUGAGUGUUCUCCAGCUAAUGUGUCAUGUCUUCACAGGACUUACCCCAGAAUGUCCUGGAGUUAUUGAGGAAAUGCUUGACUUUUCUUCCAUCCAAAAGACCCACUCCCACACAGCUGCUGUCAGACCCUGUGUUCUCUGGGGUCUCGUGUCUUUACACACCUUUCCAGAAACCCGUUAGACUUUUCUCCUCCUCACUUCGAUGUGCACAUCUGGAGCUCCCAGAAGACAUCAGUGACAUUUGCAACGAUGAUGAUGACAACUUCCUGUCUGAGCGAACCAUAGAGGAGGUUUACUAUCUGUGGUGUCUGGCUGGGGGAGACCUGGAGAAGGAGCUGAUCAACAAGGAGAUCAUACAGUCCAAACCUCCCAUUUGUACUCUGCCUAAGUACGAAAAAAAACACACUCUUCAUAGCUUAUAGUUUCUUCUAUGGUAA